AUGUCCACCCGAAUGCGCCAAUUAUGUGCGAUUUUUGAACCUCCCUUUUAUCAGCAUGAACAUAACCUACAGUAUGAUAGCUAUAUCUCUUCGAAAAUUGAGCAGAAUUCUCAAUACGUGCCCCUCAACUUUGCCAUUUCUCAUCAUAGGAGUCCAAUUAAUUUCGAUGCUUGUAAAAAUUCUGAUCAGGUGUCUAAUUUGGCGUUCUCUCAGCAUCCUUUUCAGAACAUUAGUACUGUGCACUAUCCCAUUCCUUUGGAGCCUGAUGAGAAAAACUACUGUUGUCCUACCACUUUUCAGCUGCCUGUCAUUGACAAUGUCCAUAAAACAGGCUCUCCUCGCCUUAAUUCGACUAAAUUGUGUACUUCAGGACCGAAAUUAGGAACUUUGCCAAUGUCAAGUCCUUUAAAAAAAAUAAUGAAAUCCAAAAAAGAGAGGGUUUUUCACCCAGAUGCAAACUGCAACGCAAGCUGUGCUAUUUCUUGGUCCCCACUACUGCGGAGAGAUUUUGAACUUGAUUCGCAUUUGCAGAAGUUGGAUGAGCUUCAUCAGAUUGCUCCUCAGUGCCCUAAGCGGUGCUUUAAGACGCACAUGGGUGGUGUCGACUCUAAUUCUAUCCUCCCCAACUCUGUUGACCCAUAUAUGAGCUCUUAUAUGCAGAAGAUGGAUUGUACUAUGUCCGCAAUGACAGGUUCUUUAAAGGAACGACAGCUGCAGAGUAAAACUCUCACCUCAGAUCCCCUUCAAGAGGAAAAAUCUCUCCUCUCUCGUCUGGGUUCGGUUUUAGAUGAGCCCGUUCCAGUCUGUUCUUUUACAGGCGUCGCCUGUUUCUUGCCGCAAUCAGCAUUUGCUCAGGGAGCUCGUUUUCAGAAAAGCUAUUCGGAUGAAGAAGAUAGGUAUGUAGCUGAAGAAGAGGAGUUUUAUGGAGAAAAACAAAAUACGAGCGUCGCCUGUGUCUUGCCUCAACCACUAUUUUCUCAUGGCGCUCGUCUGCAGGGAAGCUAUCAAAAUGAAGAAGCUAGGCAUGUAGCUGAGGAAGAAGAGUUUUAUGGAGAAAAUGGAAAUGCACUUGAGAAAUGGAGAAAAUGGAAUCAUUUUCUUGGUUAUCCA